CUUAGCAGAGGUUUAGUUUUAGUUUUGUAACGCGUCACUUCAGUCGAUCGCAGCAUUCCUAACAUCAGCACAUAUUCUUUAUUGCGCCAGCUCAACUAUCCGAAAGAUGAGAUCAUUGCACGCGAGUAAAUGUUCGCUCUACUGGGCCACCGUGUUUUUGGUAAUGUUGGACGUCAAUAAUGUAAGGGCACUCGAUUGGAACGGCGCCGGAACCGAUACUCGUUGGGCACUUCAGUGCGAUUUCAUAGGCCGGGAUAUGAAAAAUCAACUCAGCACCGGAGACCAAUGCGGAUCUCUUUGUAAAGCAAAUCCUCCUUGCAGCCAUUUCACGUGGACAAAUUUUCAGGGAGGGACGUGUUGGAUGAAAUCAGGUUUAGUAUCGGAAUUUGAUUCCGUGUCGAAAACAACCGACGGAGCAGUUUGCGGGUUUCUCAAGUCAACUACGGGUCUGCCUUCCAACGCGUGGAACGACGUUGGAUCCCUAAAAUGGGCAUUGAAUUGCGAUUUCUUGGGUCGCGAUUUAGCAGCUGUAGCGAGUUCUCCCGAAACCUGCGGACCAACUUGCCAGUCUAAUCCGCAAUGCAGUCACUUUGUUUGGACGAAUUAUCAAAGGGGAACCUGCUGGUUAAAGAAGGGCGGCGCCUCAGAAUGCGAUGCGGUUGUUAAAUUGGACUCAGGCGCAGUUUGUGGUUUCAUGAAAUACUAAUCAGUUGUCUACUCCUACGCUGUAUACUAAACUGCAUUCGUUUAUGGCAUCGACCUCGAAUGUUUUUUCUUGGAACUAGUUUCAAUUCAUGAAAGAAACAACCUUCGGUUCCAUGUAAUACACAAGUAGCAAGAUC